UCCGACGCAUGCGGCCUCUCCCGCCGGCCGUGGCGGCGCGCCUGGCCGGCGUCCUCGCCGACCCAGGCGGCGUCCCGCUCCCGGUCUUCAACUCCCUCCUCUCCGCGCUCGCCUCCUCCCACGCCCACCUCCCGCUCCACCUCUUCCGCCGCCUCCUCCUCCUCCCGCGCCGCCGCCCCGACGCCUUCACGCUCUCCUCUCUCGCCGCCUCUCUCCUCCCGCCCCACGCUCCCACCACUUUCUCCUCCCCCUCCCCCGCCGCCGCCGCCGUCGGGUGCCUCCACGCCUUCGCCCUCCGCACCGGCCUCCUCCGCGCCGACCCCGUCCUCGCGAACUCCUUCCUCCUGCUCUACCUCCGCGCGCCCGGCCCAGGGCCCGGCCUCGCGCGGCGGCUGUUCGACGAAAUGCCCGCGCGCACCGCGUCCACCUACAACACCCUCAUCUCGCACUCGCCCCCAGGCGCCGACGUCUGGCCCGUUGUGCGGCGUAUGGUCGCGGACGGGUGCGCGCCGGACCGGUUCACCGUCUCGGCCAUUCUGCCCGUGUGCGCGUCCACGUGCCAGGGCAGGGAGCUGCAUUGCUUCGCUCUCAAGUGUGGGAUGUGCGGAGUGGGUGAUUUCCAUGUCGGCAGCGGCCUUGUGUCAAUGUACUUCAGGGUUGGCCUGCCAUGGCUUGCACGGCGGGUUUUCGAUGGAAUGGAUUACAGGAACGUGGUUUCUUGGACUGCCAUGGUGGGAGGGUACACGGAGAGCGGGAUGUUUGAGGAUGCGGUGGAUGUUUUCCGGGCAAUGUGGGUGAUUGGUGGUGUUCUGCCGAACAGGAUUGCGUUGAUUAGUGUGCUCCCAGCUAUUGAGUUCCUUGCAAAUUUGCCAGCGGGGAAGCAGGUGCAUUGUUUUGCAGUCAGGAUGGAGCUGUCUGGGGAAGUAUCCCUGAACAAUGCUUUGGUUGAUAUGUAUGGGAAAUGUGGGGCCCUGUGGUAUGCACGGCGGAUCUUUAAUGAUGGUAAUUGGUGCAAAGAUGUGAUCUCAUGGUGUUCGAUGAUUCAGGGUUAUGGCCUUCAUGGAGAUGGCGAAGAAGCAGUUGCCUUGUUUGAUCAGAUGCGUACUUCUGGGGUUAUGCCAGACAGCAUGAUUGGCUUGGGUGUGCUUUCAGCAUGUUCUAGGGCGGGUUUGGUAUUCAAGGGCCUUGAGAUAUACCACUCUCUGGUGAAGGAUUGUGGUGUUCAUCCAACUGAGGAGAUGUCUGCAUGCAUAGUUGAUUUACUUGGUCGAUCAGGGCUGAUUAAACAUGCCUUGGUCUUUAUAAAGUCCAUGACUGUAGAACCAGGCCCUAGUGUCUGGGGAGCACUUCUGGAUGCCUCCGUUAUUCACAAUAACAAAGAAGUUCAAGAUUUGGCCUGCAGAUACCUUCUUAGAUUGGAAGAAGGGAACCCAUCUAAUCUUGUCUCAGUAUCUAAUCUGCAUGCCUUUGAGGGAAGCUGGAAUAUUGUUGAAGAAGUGAGAGCUAAGAUUAAACAGGAGGCACUGAAGAAGACACCUGGUUUUAGUUGGAUAAGUCCAACAUAGUGAGACAAUAAUUAUUGCAAUGGAUUGUUAGUGGUCUUCUCAGCAUAUCCCUGAAUCCUAGAAGCAUGGUCUAGCUGGCUGUGCUAUGGAACCUGUUAUAUUGGAGAUGAAGAGACGCCACAUUUAUUGGAAUAGGCAGUUUUAGAAUAUACAGUUACACUGCUUCUUCAGUUUUGUAUACUCAUUUUCUUAUAUCGUCUAGUAUUGGAGAUUGCUUUCUAAAGAAACUGUUGCCUUCCUCAAUGUGAAGCUGUCCAAAAUUUCUAUUAUUCCCAUGUCCUGAUACACAGGGCAACCUAUAGACCGGGUUCUGAAAAGUGCAACAAUGGAAGUAUGAGUUUCUCUGGCGGUUCUGGGUGAGAAUUGAACCCUCCUUGUGGCUUAUUGGAGCUUAAUUUUCACUAAUCAUACGAGGAGCAUUAUCCUUGGCAAGGCAGUUACAGAGGAAUUCAAGCACCAGCUCCCACAGCCCACAGGCAGGGCUGCCGCUUGCCUAUAUCCAGGGUUGAAUUUGUCAGCGGAUGCUUUCCAAGACCAAGAUCAGUUGAUGGGAACCCAUCAGUCCAUGUCUUAAGCAAGCUCAUUUUUCUCUCAAUUUUAUUUGAGUCUUUGUAGACUUUUCGACUUCAAACAAUAUAUGAAGCAUGUAUGACUCAAGUGAACAGUAGCACCACAUAAUAAAGAAUAUUCUAACAGGGAGCAUUUAGCUCUCAUGCCUAAUUGGGAGAUCUGGUUCAUGGUGGCAUCUGUUCAGUCAUUGAGUGGUCACUAGCUACACAUAUUGAUUUAUGCUUGCAACUUCUGUAACUUAUUAGUAUCAACCAUGAAAUCUCCAUCAAUCUGGCAAUCUUAUCUUGUAGACACCUAUAAACUGCGUGUUAAUGCAUAGUGGUCCAUGAUUGAAAACCAAUUGGGGUUCAUUGAAUAGAGAACCUGCUCUGUCAUAUGAGAAAGUUGCAUUGAGGUUUACAUGAUCAGUGUACAGUAAUUGUGGCAUUCAAGUUGUGAUAAAAUUGAGUGGAUGUCUUUUGUGAACAGAUAAAUCGCUGUGUACACUUUAAGCUUGAUUGCAUAGGCGAUGCAACAGCAGUUGUGAUUGAUGCUUACAGCAAUAGUUGCUAUUGAAGGAAUCUGCAUUUGUAGUUACCAGUGUUGGUUGAGACUGGUGGGACAUGAAUUCAUCUAAAAUAGCAGUAAACCUCUGUUAUUUAUGUAUAGUUUGUGGGAUAUAUUUAUAUAUGUAAUGCAUUUUUUCAAGACUUUGUUCAUAUCCGGUUUCUUGAUAUGUCGAUUUCAUUAUUUUCUGUUCAGUUGCCAUCACCCAUCUAUCAUUAUACAAGAUAUGAUGGGUGAAUUAUAACCAUCCAUUCAGUAUCACAACAUCAUGUAAUCAUGCCCCAUACUCUAUCCAGAUGGAGGUUGGUAACAGACUAACACUUGCUUUGUAUAAUACUGUAAUACAUGUAUUAAAUUUGACCCAUUACUUUAGUCAUAUAUUUUUUAUACCAGCCUCUACGAUGGUAAGGAAAGGUAUUUGGAGUGGUAGAGGGGGCUCUUCUUGGCCUUACUUGGACAGAAAUCUUUAUUUCAGCACCCACAUGAGAUAAGGCCACUAUUUCAUUGACAUGAACCUGCAAAGGUGCUGUGGUAAUUUUGCAUCGUCUUAUUGCUAUGGUUAGAGGAAAGCAUAUAGUUAGGACCAAAUUUUAGUACAGUACAAUCUGCAUUUGUAUAUGUUGCUGUGUUCUACUUGUGGCUUGAACCUAAUGUUGUGCUAUGUUAAUGUGCUCCUGAUGAUGAGAGCAAACAAUGUUCAUAUAAUAGCAUUUCCUUGACAUCAUGGAGUGACGUUUUAUA